AUGACUCCACUUGAACCUGGUUUUGAACCCACAGAGGCUGAUGUGAUCUGCUCAAGAGGUAGAUCUGCGUUUAACCAUGCCGGUAAUGUUCGCUUUCGUGGGAUUAUCGCUGACAAUGUUGAAAAGUACAAAGGCGCCACAUCAAAGCAACAGAAGACUGCUGUUGUCAAUAGUUUGCUGGAGGAGUUCCAAGCAACAAGCCGUUUCGUUCGCAAACAGGACGACGGAAAAUGGGUAGAUGUGCCCGAACAUGUGGCAAAGGAAAAGAUUGGGCAAGGGUUCAGGGACAUUCUCCAUACGGAAUACAGGAGCAGCACCAAGUCGAAGGUCAAGCUGCGAAGGGAAAGACGUCGUCGUCAAAGAGGUCUAAAAGAACCUGGGGCUGAUUCUGGGGUUACUUUGGGAUUGGGCCUCACCAGAAGCAGUUCGAGCGAGUCAUUGGAACCUCUGCCGUUAGACCAACCCGCGAGUUCGUCUUCGGGCGAAGCCCUCAUCUACGACUAUCCGUUUGCUUUUGCGCCGCCAAAAGAUGAGGGACAAGCCACAGGCAAUGACGGUGCUGUUGAUGAUACGGAGGAUGACGGAGUUCACACAGAUGAAGAAGACAAGAAGCUUCCAGCUAAACAAGAAUCUUCCAAGCAUGACGACGAACGUUCAUCGAGACGACACGAUGAACCCCAAGGAACGGGGCCUACCUUUGUAACACCUAAAUCGCCACCAGUUCAUCACUCUGUGGCGCAACACGGGCGGUCUCAUAGCCUUGAUUCUCAUGCACCUGCUGCGGGUGUGUCUCCUGCGAGGUGCCCCGAUUCCUGGGAACAAUACAGAAGGCCAAGGCCUUACUUCCCCCCACAGGCCGGAUACUCGCCGUCUACCUACGCUCCUAUGCGUUAUUAUUAUCCAUCGGGAAGCUACCAUUCACCACCGUCCGCCCAGCAUCCUCGCCCACCGCCUCCUCCCUACCCCGGCACUCACUAUCGCCCACCCCCGGAUGUUCCAUCGUCGCCUGCGAGGAGACCUGACUGGGAUGCGUACUCCCACGGAAGAUCUCCUCCUCGACCGCCGCCACCAUCGGGAAGCUACUAUGCUUCGCCCUAUCGCUCAUGGGGAGAGGAACCUGCUUCCAGAGACAGACCGUUGCCAGCAUCCACAACGAGGGACGAUCCUGACAACGAAUCUCAGUCGAGGCCACCAGAGGGGCAGGCAUCGGGUGACUAUUACCAUCCUCCCUAUCCAUACCCGCCGUACCCACCCUAUCCCCCGCCUCCCCCACCUCCUCCACCGCCGCCGCCGCCACGUUGGUAG